CAAAAGCACUCAUCCCAGCAAUGGCUUCUACUACUCUACCAUUGUGCACCAACAAAACUCCCUCUUCUUCCUUCCCCAACUCAUCCUUCUUUGCAAAACCUUCUAAACUUUUCCUCUAUGGAAAAUGUAACAAAAGUUUCAAGGUUUCAUGCAUGGGAUCAGAGCAUGAUAAAGACAUUGAAUUAGCAAAUAAAGAAUCAGGAACUCAUAAUGUUGAUAGAAGGCAUGUGCUUCUUGGUUUAGGAGGGCUCUAUGGUGCUGCUAAUCUUGCACCAUUAACCGCAUCUGCUUCUCCUACACCAAUCCCUGAUCUCAAUUCCUGUUUUAAAGCCACGAAAAGCGAUAAAGAUCCUCAUAAUCCAGUAUACGUAUCAUACAGUUGUUGCCCCCCUAAACCUGAAAAUUUGGACAACAUUCCAUACUACGAGCUCCCUUCUAGUACCAGACUCCGUGUCCGUCCACCUGCUCAUGCGGUUGAUGACGAGUACAUAGCCAAGUACGAGUUAGCCACUCGUCGAAUGAGGGAACUAGACAACGACGACCCUUUUAACCCUCUUGGGUUCAAGCAACAAGCUAAUAUUCAUUGUGCUUAUUGCAAUGGUGCUUACACAAUUGGGGGCAAACAGUUACAAGUUCAUCAAUCAUGGCUUUUCUUCCCAUUCCAUAGAUGGUACUUGUACUUUUAUGAGAGAAUCUUGGGAUCACUUAUCAAUGAUCCAACUUUCGCUUUACCAUACUGGAACUGGGACAAUCCAAAGGGCAUGCUCUUUCCUCCCAUGUUCUACAAAAAUGUAAACUCUCCGCUAUACGAUGCAAGACGUAAUCCCAAAGUCACUGAGAACAAAUACAAAUUCGAUCUUGCUUCUUUUGGAGGCGAAGUCGAUCGUAAUGAUUUACGGACGAUGGUUAAUAACUUAACUCAUAUGUAUCGUCAAAUGAUAACUAAUGCUCCAUGUCCUCGGUUGUUCUUUGGUAAGCCUUACGUUCUCGGGAGUAAACGUAAACCCAAACAACAGGGAACAAUUGAAAACAUUCCUCACACUCCUGUCCACAUUUGGACUGGUACAGUGCAAGAUUCGGAAUUGGGUAAAGAUGCUUCCGGUGAACCUAUCAAGUCGUACGGUGAGGAUAUGGGUAAUUUCUACUCAGCUGCUUUGGACCCAGUUUUCUAUUGUCACCACGCGAAUGUGGACAGGAUGUGGAAUGAGUGGAAAAAAAUAGGAGGGACAAGAAGGGAUCUCACAGACAAAGAUUGGUUGAACUCGGAGUUCUUUUUCUACGAUGAAAAACGCAACCCUUUCCGUGUGAAAAUUCAAGACUGUUUGGACACUAAGAGGAUGGGCUACGAUUACACACCAAUGCCCACCCUAUGGCGUAGCUUUAAGCCACGAAAAAAGAUCACAGAAGGGAAAGUGAAUACAGGUUCACUUCCGCAGGCCAGCGAGGUAUUCCCACUCGAACCAGCAGGGAAGCUGGAUAGAGCCAUUUCCUUUUCCAUCAAUAGGCAGGUUUCGUCGAGGACCCAACAGGAGGAAGGUGAACUGGUGGAGUCGCUAAUAUUCAAGGGUGUCAAACAUGAUGAUACGAAGAAUAUAAGAUUUGAUGUGUUCCUCAACACAGACAAGACGGCGAAUACGGAUGACCUUGACAAGGUUGAGUUUGCAGGUAGCUACACCAGCUUGCCACACCUUCAUACAACAAAAAAGGCUGACGAUGGGGGUGUUGAAUUCAACCUGGCCAUCACUGAACUGCUGGAGGACAUCGGGUUGGAAAAUGAAAAAACUAUUGCGGUAACUCUGGUUCCAAGGAAUGGUGGUGAACUGAUCAUCAUUCAGGGUGUGGAGAUCAAUGUUGAGCCUUGUAAUUAAGUCCUGCUUUUGUGGCUGUGGUGCCAAAAAAUUGCAGCGUGUGCUUUACUUUUUUUUUUUUUUUUUGUUGUUGUUUUUUUUAAAUAUCAACUGGAUUGCUGAUUGUCUUUCUAGCUGUUGCUAGAGCUGGAAUAAAUGUUUGUCUCCAUGCACACUUUUUUGUUCGAUUUCAACUCUGCUGCGUUGAAGACUAUUUUCGGUUUCCGUUCGAUUUCCAUAUUUUUCACCAGAGAACUUCAUGUAAGCAAUUUUCUGGUUUUCUGCGAUUUCCUUUCGAUUUUCUGGUUUCCACUCAAUCAUUUUAGGCACAGUGGUUUAUAUUGUUGAAGACACAUCAACAAAGUUGAAGAUACUUGUUAUGUUUGGCUUCUGUUCUUCUCUUGGUUUUUUCUUGUGCAUACUUUCGUGCGGCAAAAAAUCGAUAUUAGUGCUUACUCCUUUUUAGUUACUAGUACUUCUUUUUUAGUAUAUG